CUUUCGCGGCCUUGGUGACACGCGUGAGCGGGCUAAAAACAAACAUGGCUGAAGCGGAAGCUGUUCCUGAUAACCAAGAUACAGAAAUACCUGCCCCACAUUCAUCAAAGUGCUCAAGGAAAAAAGAUAAAGCUUUGAAUUCAGCAAGAGUUGCUGGGCGGUCAUCUUCUGUGGCUGUGCAAAGCGAUCCUUCCAGAGCUUGUAUGAAGGCUGAGGGUCAGGUGAAGUGGCCCAAACCUAAAAUUGAUCUCCAAGCCCUCUUUGAUUACCACUUCACAAGAAAGCAGCACCGGUUCCGCAGAAAAUGGACCCCUAGGGACAAGAAAGCAAAUACUUCUCGCAAGUGUGCAAAAGAGCGAACAGAGAGACGAAGAAUCCCGGAAAGUGAGCAAAGGAGGAGACUUAAAGAUAGAGGAAUUGUAUUUCCUUUUGUGGCAAAAUACUAUGGCACGAAGCACCUUCCCUUAAAAAUGGUGCGAGGAUAUGAGCGAGCAGCUUUGAAGGGAUUUUUCAAGUACAUUGAAAUGUUGAAAUAUGAGCACCAUCUGAAAAAGUCUUUGAUGCAGUUGAAUGCUGGGGAUGAUCUUGAAAAUGAAUGCCUGGAAUCACGGAAACACAAAUACCUGGAUGACGAUGGGCCAAUUUCUCCAAUUGCCGAGACCAACAAGGAUGAGGAUUCUGGGGAUGAAAACAUUGGGGCCAAAGUAGUGGACAACAGCUGUUUCAUAUUAAGCCACAAAAUUCCCAAGAAAAAGAAGAAACCGAAACGCAAAGAAAGAUGAGUGGUGCCUUUGUUAGAGAAGAGGACAUUUAGAUGGGAUGCCUAGAAGAAAUGCAAAUAAAAAUUUAAUACUCUCGAGUUCCAGGCUACCUUCAUAAAGCCUCUUAAAAGCACAAGCCAGCAAAGCAACUGAACAUCCUCCAUGAUGCACAGUACUUCAAGUGAAGCUUCAAGGACUACUAGAUGAGGCAAAAAAUGAGCUGGGCUGAUUGUUCUGUGCAGAAGGCUUUGAGAUCUCACUAUUCUUGAAUUAAACGCCUGAGUUUGGAAAACACCGUGUAUGCAUUCAGCCUCCCGUGGUCUUGGGAGCUUUGGAUUUGCUCAGCCUCAGCGUGCUCUGGAUUUCUCCCAUCUCUUGGAAAGCAAUUCCAUUGUGUUUUCUUGGCUUCCUGAAUGUUUUGACCCAGAGCACCAGCUGCCAGAGAAUGGUCCCCCUUGAUGUCUGGCACGUGGAUUACAUUUGGAAAUGUCUAACCUAACCUGGUGGCAGACUAGGAAAGAUUAUGGGAAAAACUGAUGUUAUAAACUCAUUGGGCUACAAAGCAUACCAAUUGAUCUCUUGAUCUCUGCUGCCAAAUGAAGCUAUCUUGACUCAGCUGGAAUUUUUUAAUUAGAGCCUGUCUCUGUAUCUGCUUGAUAGGGUGUAUUUUGCUCAGUGCUCUUCCCAGUUCACACACGAUGUCCAUUUCCACAAAUGCUUGUCUUCUACUUCAGUCACUUGAUCUAUACCAUGUAGUGACUGAAGAUCUGAAUGGACUUGCUUCCUUAAUAUUUUUCAAAAACAAGUUGGCUGAUUGGCAUCUGAGCCUUGGCUGUAAUAGAACAUAAACUGGACAGAAAUUCAGAAGGUGGCUUGGACAGCUGUCAUCUAGUACAUGGUGCAAUGCGAUUCAGUUGCAGCUGCACUAAAAAAAAUCUGGUUUUUUUGCUUUGCAAUUGGCCAUUUAAAAUCUGAAAAAGAAAAGACCUGUGGUUCAGCUUAUGCAAGAAGGUCCUCGAAAAUAAAGCUUGGAAAAAUAAUUUGGUGGAAGACAAGAAAAAUCCUGACAACUGAAAUGAAGCUGCAAUCAUUUGAGCAAAUGUUUGAAGGAACCCAAAAUAUGCAUCUUUGGCUGAAUUGCUGGCUUUUCCAGGUGAGCCCCGCAGCACAAGUGCAGUGUAGCUGCUCCGGAUGAAGAAACAGGCAUGGCUUGGUGGGCUGUGGCAUCAGUCCUGCUGGCCCUUCUGAAAAUGUGUUCGUGAAAAGCAAUCAGCCAUUUUCAAAAUACCCACGAGGAAAUCUCAGCUGGAAUCUGCAAGGUUGGCUGAAAGUGGGCUCAAGCUGAAGGUAAUUGGCUCUUGAAGGAUACCGAGAGAACAUGGAAUAGAAUGGUCUCCUGCCAAAUAUUUGGGCAUGAAGUAAUGCUUGAAAAAUUGUGAAAUUGAUCAGCUGUUUCUUUACAAAAGCUUCAAAUGUGAUUUGUGAGCAGCCAUGCUGUUGUGAACUUUGAUUAUUAAACAGAUAUUUGUUGGAAUAAUCUAGCUCUCUACAACUGUAUUUGCAGUUUUGCUGUACUGUGGUUUAAUUAUAGCUUAAUAAAUCUUAUUUGGUACCAU